GCUUUUGGACCAAACAAUGUCAUUCCUUCUCCUUGCCGCUACCCGCAAGCAUCAGCAGCGAGCCGACCGCAUUUUUCGUUAGUAGGAGGGAUAAAAUACCUGCCUUCUAGAUGCGCAAAACGCUUCUUUCUUCACUGAUGAAACUUUUCUCGUAGUGAAAUACGAAAAGGCUUUAUUCGCACGGAUAUAUUUACCAAGACAAGACAAGAAGCUGUAAGAGGGCUGUGAUUACGAGCGGCUUCUACCUCUGCCUGCUGCAACCCAGACUUCAGCAAAGUAAAACCAGGUCACGUCCACAGACUUCCAUUCUCAUGUUGGCUAAUCCUAUUUUCACACGGGACAAUGGCGACACUACUCAUUCAAUAUGUCGCGCCAAUGAAAAUUUCUGGCAUGUUUUACUCUGCAUUGGGUCCCUGGGAGCAGUUAUAGGAGCGUUUUUUGCCCUCAUUCGCAUCGUUUUACUCAGCUCCUUGAUCCCCUCCUGUAUUCUCCUGUAUAGGCGAGUCAGCGCAGGCUACGCCUCCUACUGUCAAGGCUCCAAAGAGAAUCUUCCCAUUAUAAUCGACUUUUGCCGUUACUUUUGCAUUCUCCAUCCUGUACGACGUCUCCGUGUCUAUUGGCGCUCCCACAUUUGCGCAAGAUUUCGAGACCGUGAAGUGGUUAAUGUACCCCGAGAUUGCGUCCUUCCUCAAGAAUUGUGCGAAGUCAUCAUCCACUUCUGUCAUUCCGAUCGAGAGACCCUCCUUGCUUGCAGCCUCGUCUGCAGGGCAUGGGUUCCAUCCAGUCGGUCCCUCUUGUGGACACGUGUUCACUCCGGUGACCAUGUACGAGAGUUUGUCAAACUCUUGCAGUCGCCAGAAAACACCAUCUCUCCGUACAUCCAGUCAAUCUGGCUUGAGAUGUAUACAAAGUGGGACCGACUGAUUCGAUACCAGCAUGCUCUUCGUGCCCUUGCUAAUGCCGAUGCAAUCCUGAUACGAGCAAUAAUCACCGGACAGUCGCUGGAUCCAGUGAGGGCACUACACUGUCAUUUCCCACACAUUAAGCGACUCUCGUUUAAUUACGAGGAUCUAGGAGAUAACGAGGCGACAUCUGCCGCCAACUUCAGGCGACUCCUCUGGUAUUCGAGCCUGUUCUGUCACCUCGAACGACUUUCGAUACGAUUCUUGAACCCAGGGGGCACGGACAUUCCACUGUCCUCAUUAGAAGAAUGCAAACUUCCUAUGCACUUGCGUUCACUAUCGUUGAAAUGCUGGAAUCGGGAUCUCCUGUGUUGGCUUGAGAGUCGCCACAAGACACUCAGGCUGACAACUUUCAAACUGAAGAUUGAAAACUAUGCAUGCACGUUGGAUCCCAGUCCCAUCAACGGCAUCCUCAGAGCGUGCUACACAAGUCUUCGGUCCGUCACUUUUACUGUCGUGGAGUGGGAAAAUGGUGUGAACAUCAUUUUCUGACGACCUCAACCUGCACUCAUCUCUUCUUUCAGGGUUUCUUGACCUAAGUCCCUUGAUAGAACUUCGGACGGCCGUGUUUUACGUCUACCACUUCCCUUCAGGAAUGGAAACGAUAGCUUCGUUGAACUCGAGUCAUAUUGAAACGAUCACUAUCAUAACAAGAGACGACGAAAGUAUGAUGAGUAACUAUC